GAGAAAACAAUAGAGAGAGAGAGACAGAGGGCAACGAAAAAAAGCUUCGUUUUCCCCUAAAUUUCCCAUCCUCAAAUCUUCUCAAAACCCUAAUUUCAUUCGUUGUCGAAUCAAGCCUCGCGCGAUCUACAGACACCGUUCUCGCCUUCGGAUCGCCAUCUACGAUCGAGGAUCUACUCAUCUACAUAUCUCUUCUUCUCUAACUGGGAAAUUUCUGCUAACAGAAUUUUGAGGAAUGUCUCCAGCAUCCAAAUCCAAAUCCAAGGAUAAGGCUGCUGCCAGGGCAGCCAAGGAACAGACGAAGGCUUCAUCCAAGCCUUCCGCCCCUCCUAACACUGGGAGUGGCAUUCCAGCCAGUGCAUACAAUCCACUUUUGGGAACAUUCCAUACCCUUGAAACUGCACUAAUUGGCUCUUCACCACCUCCACACAGCAAUGGUCGGUUCCGGAAUAUAGAUGAGACUGAUGAUCACUCAGGUAGCUCACUUGGGACUGGAGCGGAGUAUGAUUCUGUUUCCAACAAUGAUAGCUGCUCUGGUGAGUCAGAAGACCAGAAAGAAAAAUUAGCUGGCACUCCUGUUCGGCAGGAGGCAAUUCCUGGUGCAGACAAUGACAAGCGUGACAAGAUUAGGCAGAAAAAUGAGAAGAAGCAUCAGCGUCAGAGGGAGAGGCGAGCUCAGGAGUUGCGUGAGCGGUGCAGUGGGUAUCUCAUGUCUAGGAAGCUAGAAGCACUUGCACAACAGCUUGUGGCAAUGGGAUUCUCUUCUGAGCGUGCAACAAUGGCCCUUAUAUUGAAUGAAGGAAAGGUGGAGGAAUCUGUUGCAUGGCUAUUUGAGGGAGGUGAGGAAGCUACACAACAGAAGGACUCAUACUUCGAUGGUGGAAGUAACUUGAAAAUUGAUAUUUCUGAAGAGCUUGCUCGAAUUGCGGAGAUGGAGAUCAGGUUCAAGUGCUCAAGACAGGAGGUUGAAAGAAUUGUUGUAGCCUGUGAAGGUGAUUUAGAUAAGGCAGCUGAGACCCUACGGUCACAGAAGCAGGAACCUCCUGCUGCUCUACCAAAGCUGGAAGAAACUGGCGACCCUCCGGUUGUGAAUAAUGGCAAGGUAGUUUCUGUCAAUCAGAGCCCAGUGAGAUUACAAGCAAAACCUGCUGCCUCGGUUACUAUACAACAGAGAAGGGAUUCAAGAGAUUUUAAUUACACUAAGGCAGCACCUACAGUUGUGGCAUCGACAGAAUCUGGAAAUAGAAACUUGCAGUCUUUGAAGAGGAUUCAGUUGAAAUCAGACUGGGCAAGGUCACAAGUGACAACACCGGUGGAGAAGCGGUGGCCCAAUGCUGCAGCAAGCCCUUCUCCUUCAUAUUCCUUAGCAUCUCCUUUGCAGGUUUCUACUCCACAAGCGAAGACAGAGGCUCGUUAUGUGGUUGUCGGAAGUGAAGUUAAGAACCUUCAAACGGGAGCAGUUAGAGAGCCUGUGAUCAUGAUGCAGCGUCCUCAAUCCAUCAACAAUGCAAAGCAGAAUCCUGCAACAAGUGUCAGUGCCUCACCCCCUGUGACAGCUGGAUGGUAUCCCAACAGUGCUGCUGGUGUUGAAAUCAUGAAGUCAAAUGGAGGUUUAGCACAUAUUCCAAACACAAGCCUUGGACCAAGCAGUCUGAACUCACAGCAGGUCUACCACCAGUCUCAAUAUCAACCAUUUGUGUCCAGCCCUGUAGAAUCCCAAGCAACUGGAUGGGGAAGCUCAUGGGGCACAGCAGGGACAUCUUCUUCUCGUUCUGUCCCACCUUCUUUGGGGCUUUUCUCAGGUUGGGGCUCAAAUGGUGCUUCGGGCUCAUCUUCACCGGUGGAUUGGAACACAGGAGGCUCAAUGCCACAGUGCGACUACACCAACAUAGACUGGACCUUGGAAUCAUCUUCGAACUCAAGGUCAAAUGGGUUGUGGCUGGGUCUUGCAUCAAUCAUGAAGAAUAGCCGUAUGUACGACUCAUGGUCACCUUCAACAAUGGCGGGUGCAAAGCCUGCGAUGAGGUCGGCAGCUGCAAAUGGUGUCUCCAUUGCUGGGUUGCAGGAAGGUCCAGUGGUAGUGGAUACACCUUCAGCGGCGUCUUCUGCAGGUUCACAUGAGUGGACAUCUCCUUUCGCAGGGAAGGAUCUCUUCAGUCUGCCCCGGGAAUUUGUUACAUCCCCAUCUCUGUAGGAUGAGGCAGGACCUCAAAAAAUAGAAAUGAAAGGACAGAAAGUGGGUGCA